GAAUAUACCGUUUGGGAGGUUUUGUCUAGGGUUUAUGGCGAUGGAGCCUGCCGCCGACGAGCUAGAGCAGCGUUCGAUCGAAGGUAAAGAUCCCGAGAAAGGGGCGCCAGUGGAGGACGAUCAGAAGCAUUUGCUGGAGAUCGAGAAUGUGAAGCCGGUGGUAAUCGAUGAGAAUUCGAAUCCGAUGGUAGUCGAUGGGAAUCCGAAGCCGGUGGUAAUCGAGCAAGACCAGCCGCCGCAAGAUGGUAGCGCCGAGGAUGUGGAAUCCUCCAGGCUCACGAGCGUUGACGAUGAUCGAGAGGAAGGCGAGGUGGAGGAAGAUUUGGCCGAGAAAAUCAGAGUAAGUGCUCCUUGUGUCCAGAAAGAAGAGAAUGAGAAAGAGGAAGACGAAGAGGAGGAUGAAGAGGAUGAUCUGGGAGAGACCAUGGAGGACAGUGAGCCUCUUUACAGCGACCAUGGAAAAGAGGAGUCUUCCUCUAGUGACGACGACAAUGAGGACUGGACGGCUUCUUUCGAGCAAAACUUUGGAAGCGAAAGCAAAAAAACUCACAAGGAUAGCAGUGAUGAUGAAGAUGACAAGCCUCCGAGAACCAAGAACGAGAUCUCGAGCUUACCUCCGGUACCAAAAGUAGAUGUCCAGCUCCAGCCUUGUCACACUUUAGUCCCAAUCGGUACAGUCUCUUCGAUAGUGGAAGCGAUGAUCAUCGUAGAAGGUGAUGAAAAUCAUCAGGCACUCGAUGAAGGCUCCAUUCUCUGGCUGACGGAUAGCCGAGCUCCCCUUGGUUUUAUCGAUGAAGUCUUUGGCCCCGUGAAGAAGCCCUUCUAUGUGGUACGAUUCAACGACGUUACAGAGGUUCCCAAAGAAGCACGAGAAUCGGCGCGAGUGGCCUUCGUUCCCGAUUUCGCGAGAACAGUCUUGAAGAACGAGAACCUGUUCAAGAAAGGUUACGACGCGUCUGGGGUGGACGACGAAGAGCUUUCGGACGACGAAGUGGAGUUCUCUGACGAUGAGAAAGAAGCAGAAUUUAAGCGCGAGAGAGCUAAAGCAAAGAGGAAAACAAGGGAGGACUCAAGCUGCCAAGCUUUCAAGGAGAAAAAGCCACCUCGGGCUCGUAAUUCCAGCAAGUUUGGCAAUGGAGGACCACACAAGGGAUUCGAGUCGCCUCGUGAUAGGAAAAUGAGAAGUCCCGGCGAUGCGCAGCGGCUCAUACAUGAAGCACAGAUGAAACGAUUCAACGAUAAGCGGCAGGAUGAAAAUAUAAGUUUCCAGCAGCUGGCACUCAAUCAGAAUCGCAGCCACCAGCACGAAGCUGGACAAAUUCCGGGCGCACGUAUGAACAAUCCCGUGCUGCUCGCUGAUAACCGGAACCAAAGCUACCAGUCUGAAAGACAGCAGCAAAUCCAAAACUACGAGCACCAAAGUGGAUUACCGCCGCCUCAAGUGAUGGUGGGAUACCAUCCUUCGGUCGCCCCGCCAUCAUACUGGCCAGGACAACCAUACCAGGUGCUACCCACGCCUUAUCAACACCCCAGCGUUAGCUUGCAGCAGUACGAAGCCGCGCUACCACCACCACCACUACCACAACAACAACAACAGGCUCCAGGUUUCUAUCCCACCGGGGGCCAGUGCUUUGGAGGAUAUCCAAGCCAGCACGUCAGCUAUAUGCCAGGGCCGGUUUGCUUUCCGGGGUUUGGAUGGAUGCCAAAUGCCUCGCAAGUGAUACCACCAGUUCCGGCAGCUCAGUUUCCACCAUUGCAAGGAACAGAGUUCCUGGAAGAUUUCAUCCAGGACGAGCACUCGAGCUAGAAUUCCAUCGACUGUUUUUUUCUUCC